AAAAAGAAAAGCAACAGCAAAUAACAAAGUUAGGAAAUAAACAAGAAGAAUUAUAUGAAGUAACACAAAAAAUGAAAAUAGAAGAUGAAGAGCCUUACAAAAAUCUACAAGAACAUACUGAAACAUCACAGGAAGAAAAAAAAAAAGAAGAACAAGCAAAAAGACAAGAAGAAGAUGUGGAAAUGGAUAGAAAAGAAUCAAAACAGGGCUCUACAUUAGAAGAAAAAGAAAGACAGAAAAGAAGAAAAUCAGAAAUUGAGGAAGAAAUUGAUAUAAAAAGAGAGAUAAAAGGAAAACAAAGAAAAUACAAUGAAGAAUAUUUAAGAGAAAGAAAUAAUGCAUCAGAAAAUAAAGAAAAAGAAUACGAAGAGGAAAAGAAUAAAGCAAAGAUAGUCAAGGAUUGUCAUGAGACAGACAAGAGGUCUGACAAUAGAAAAUACUUGACAAUAUGGGAUCUUUCAACGAACAUUAAUAAGAAAGAGUUAGAAUACAUUUGCAGAAAAUUUAAAGAAGCUCAGAUAGUAAGAAUUAAAAGAUCAAAAUUCAAAACUUUUGCAGUUGUUACGAAAGGAGAAGAAGAUCACGAAGCAAGAGAAAAACAAAAAAAAUAUACAGCAAAACUAACAGAACUACCUGAAAAUGCCUUAGAGAUCCUGUUAUUGCGAAGCUUAAAAAGAAUGGAAACCAAAGAAGAACAGCAACAAUCAUUUUUGAAACAGAAAGAAAAAUGA